GUGGCUGGACGGUUUUGUGUUAUCGGAUGGCUAGGUGUCGAUCUGGCGGUGCCGAGCGCGUUUAGUCUCCUUAUUUACAGCAUAACACGUCGCACGCAGUGGAAUCGAUUUUUUUUCAUCCCCCAGUCAUGUACAGUCUUCUGAUAGUGGCACUGCUGGAUAUAACCUUCGACGUGGUUGGGAGUGUCUCGCAAGCGGAGAUCAAUAAACAUCUGGAGUAUGGCAGGGAGUUCCUGGCGAAGGGCCAGCUGCAGGAUGCGCUGUCGCACUACCAUGCAGCCGUCGAGGGGGACCCGAGCAACUACCUGACGUACUACAAGAGAGGCACGGUUUAUUUAGCGCUGGGCAAAGCCAAAUUCGCCCUCCUCGAUCUCGACAAGGUUCUGGAACUGAAGGUGGACUUCACGCCAGCGAGACUGCAGCGCGGUAACAUUUUACUCAAGCAGGCUCACUUCGACGAGGCUGAGGACGACUUUCGCGACGUGCUAGCGUUAGAACCAAAUAAUAGGGAUGCCUUGAAUGCCUUAGAUAGGUUAUACCCAGCUAGAGAAGAUAUGAAAUUAGUCGAUAUAUUAGUGUACAACGGCGAUCACGUAGCGGCCGUGCAGCAGAUCACUCGACUCAUCGAGAUAUGCCCGUGGUCCCCGUAUCUCAGAGAACGCAGGGCGGAGAGCCAUGAGGUCCUUGGUGAUUACAUGAGCGCGAUAUCCGACAUACGCUCGACUACGAAAUUGCUGUCCGACAAUACGGAGGGCUUCUUCAAGCUGUCGACGUGGCUCUACCGUCUCGGGGACGUUGACGAGGCAUUAAAGGAGAUUCGAGAAUGUUUGAAGCUCGAUCCGGAUCACAAGCAAUGUUUCCCCUUUUACAAGAAGAUUAGAAAGAUAAAGAAGUUGCUGCAGGACGCGGAGACCGCGCUGGAGGACAAGGAUUACGACGCGUGCAUCGAGUCAGCCCGUCGUGUGCUGGCGCAAGAGCCGAGCGAGGCGAAGGUGCAAUUCACGGCUUAUCAUUAUCUCUGCAGAUGUUACACGGAAAGUUCCGAGGCAACUCAUGCGAUCAGUAAUUGCCAAGAGGCGUUAAAUAUCAGAAGGGAGCCGGGCGUGCUGUGCGACAGCGCAGAGGCGUAUCUUGCCGCGGAAAUGUUCGACGAUGCCAUCAGGGAUUUCAAGGAAGCGUUGGAGAUAGACUCAAACUUCCAAAGAGCCAAGCAGGGGCUGCAGAAAGCGCAGCAACGGCAAAAGCUGUCGGAGUCGCGAGAUUACUAUAAGAUCUUGGGUGUCCCGAGAAAUGCGAACAAACGGGAUAUCAUCAAGGCUUAUCGUAAAGCGGCGCAGAAGUGGCAUCCCGACAAUUUCCAGGAGGGCGACGAGAAGAAACGCGCGCAGAAGAAGUUCAUCGACAUCGCCGCCGCCAAGGAGGUUCUCACGGACGACGAGAAGAGGGCGAAGUUCGAUCAGGGCGAGGAUCCUCUGGAUCCGGAAUCGGGCCGGCACCAGCAGGGCUUCAAUCCCUUCCAGGAGUUCCACCACUUCCACGGGUCUCCCUUCCAGUUUAAGUUCCACUUCAAUUAAACCGCGCCGCAGAUAAUCGUCGUGUGAUACGAGGAAUCGCCAGUUCUUCGAACUCUUAACGCGCGCGCGCGUCCGUCGCUUCGUCCGCGACGGUAUAUUCGCGGACUUCACUUCGCUCUAGCCCGAAUUUAAUUUUGCUACCUCGUCGAUGGAGAUCGCACGUGUUUAAAUCCGUUCCGACGGACCUCGGGAGAUUCUUAUAUGUGUAUAAAUUGUGUCGACGUGUCGAUAAACAGAUCAGUGGCCAUUUCGCGACACACCGGGCAACGUAAUUAUCUCGGCACGUAUCUCUGAUAAGGCGCGAAGAUUAUAUAGAUGUAAUCGUCCGCACUAGUUCGUCUAUUGCAAAAAGAAAAAGAAACUUGUAUACAGUACUCUUUAGUACAUGCAGACUGACCGGUGAGUAAUAAUCCAAUUCGAUUCACACACAAACGUUUGUCGCGUGUAAUUUUAUCGACGCAUUGUACCCGACCUGUACACGCUAUACUAGUAAAAUCGUGAUUAUUUCCUACGUGUCCGUAAUAACGGAGGGAAUGUACAGUGAUUCAUCACACUGCCACUGAUUGCUUCAGCGGCUGUUCGGUUUUUUUUUUUUUUUUUUUUAUUUAGCUUUGAGAACGUGCGACAACCUCGAUCGAAUAAGUCCGAGGGACGUUAUGCCUUUAUCGAGUACGACACGGUCGAGUCGGUAUAUUUAUAUCACUACUACUUUACGGAAUUUCGUACUCGGUAAUGUUCAAACGAUGUGUAGAGAACAAUGCUGUGCGCUUGUCAUGUUUGCGUGUGUGUGUGAGUCAGACCUUCAUGUAAAUACUGUAUUUCUGAUAUUUGUUUAAAUAUAUAUUUGAAUAAUUUAUACAGAUA